AUUAUAAAAAGUGCCCACAACCAGCCCGUGGAAAUUGAAGAAAAAAUAUCGUACGCCGACUUAGUCACAAUCACAGAUAAGCAGGUUGAAAGUCUUUUAAAAUCACGAAUCCUAGAGAAAUAUCCUGAUCACAAGCAAGCACAAACCUCCGUUGUAUAUAACCCUAUUACUGAACAAAUGUUUCAUGCGGAACGGGGAAAGGGCGCCUUCUUAAAUGUGUUUAUCCUUUUGCCAGAAUUGCACAACGCUUUGAUCCUUACUGACUGGGGUGGCGACCGGAACGCUGCCAACUUGGAUACAAAAUGCGCCAAUAUACGCCGCCUCAUAUCGGAUGUUCGGGGGUAG